GUAUAGGUUGGGGGUUCCCUCCAACAUAGGUACGUUUAUUUAGGUAUUGACUGUCACUGGUUUAUUUUUACAUUCUCAAUGAAUUUGUCGAUAGUCUUGUGAUAAAAGGAAUCCCCGCGGUCGUGCGUAAUAAUAAAAAUAAGUGCCUAAAACAUGAAUUGAUGUGUUCGUUAAUAAAUUAAACCUAAAAAUGGCUUCAUCGAAGUCUCCCCUUGAAAAAAGCAAAAUGGUUAUACCAAAAGUUUUCUUGGGUAAACGUAAAAUCACAGUGUUGACUGGCGAUAGUAAUAUACUGCGAAGUCUCAAAGUGCAGCAGCUAUUCAAGGAGGAUGUAAUUUACGAGUCGAAGCCAGGGGAUUUUUUGAACCAUGACGAAAGUAUUUGCAUAGUUAAUCGUCACAAUUUGACGUCGAAUAUUAGGAGGACAGUGCUCCGAAGGGCCGAUCGCCCGAACGAAGUGUUAAAAACAUCUGACGAUAUCGUGAAUUUAAUAGGACAAGAGAAUUACGAUUUGGUAUUUUCCGCUUUAUGUUCAGUUUUCAGUUUAGAGUUAAAAGUGCGUGGAAUUUUAGCUUUGCUAACGGCGAGAAAAUUCGUUGAUAACUUCGUCCAGACAGAGGAGAUUUGUGUUAAAAAGUGUGUGGACACGGAGAGUCAGACUGUACAGAAUUGCAUGGACAUUUUCAUAAAACAGAACCGCAGAAAAAGAGUGAGGCGUCAACAUUUAACGCCUUAUGUCGUGAAGGACGAUCCGCCAGCCUCAAAUGGUAGUGAUAAUCUGAAAAAAAUUGUAAUACAGCCGGACAAGUUCCAGGAAUUCCAAAAUGACGAUGUGCAAACACCAAGCGACGAUGGGGGAAUAACUUUACCCAGCUUGAGCUUACACGAUGAAAACUCCAACACCAGUAUCGGUAAUAUGUCAUCGUUGUCAAUAAACACAUUGCCGCUUUUGUUAGAAAACCCUGAUGCGUUACUAAACAACAUUCAAAGUUGUACAGAAACGGAAACAGAGCAGACGUCAAGAGUAAAUUAUAAUCCGAUGACUUUAACAAUGCUGGACGGAACGCUAGUAACGAUUCCAGUGAAACCCGAGGACGACCUGCAUAUCGCUACGUCGGAUAUUUUGAAUUCUGUUACACCGGAGCAUAGAGCUAAGCUGAAGCUGUUGCAAGCUUAUUUCGAUUGGAAAUACUGCUUGGAAAGGGACGAGGAUGGAAAUUUGCCACUGCACAACGCGGUCAACACCGGUGAUAUGGAACUCCUUAGAAGACAAUGUCUCGUAUUGAAAUUACGUAAUGAGACUGUUGAUAUACCAGUUGAGAAUAUGACAGCCCUCCAGAUGUCCCUAUAUCAGAAGAACGCCGCGGCCACCGCGUUACUACUACAAAAUGGCGCCGACCCGUUGAGGGCGGACGCCGAGAAUCGAACCUGCGUCCACCUCGCCGCAGAGGAGACGUCUGACCAUCUCAACACGAUCAUCAAACACUGCCGCGACGACCCUUUAACUAUAAUAAGGGAAAACGACGAAUUCAGUAAGCCAGGAAUCGAAGGGAAGACCAAACAGGAGCAGGCAGAUUAUAUAAUAGAUCGGAUCGGCCGCCUAACAGAUAACCAAGGCUACACACCGCUUAUGGUGGCAAGCAAACUCGGUAUUUACGAGAAUGUGGCAACACUGUUGGACGCCGCGCCCGCCACUGUCAACAUGCAGAUGCCAAAUACUGGCAACACCGCGCUAUACCUGGCCGUAAGCGCUGCCUGUAUUGAUGCUAAUAAUCGGGGUAACUUCAAGAAAGUUGGGGAGAAUUUUUUGAAAAUUGUCGGCAAACUGGUCGAGUGUGGCGCGGACCCGUCCAUAGAGAACCACACAGGUCACAGCGUCAACAUCCUACUCACAGAAUUCAACAUCGGCGACCUGUCAAACGUCAUUGCCAACAAAAUGACAGCUGUCAACUGCUUCAGCGGGAAAAUAGACCCGCAAAGGGGCUACGAAAACUUCAUGCUGUUAAAAGACAAAGACGGCAACAUCAAAGUCAAAAAUAUAAAAGUUGAAACGGAGAAAUCAAAACCGAUAAUUUUGGAAAAUAUACGUGUCGACACGAAAAUCGACAAUCGGAAAUUGAUUGUUAGCAAAAUUGAUAGCAAUGUAGAUUCUAAAGUAGAUGAUAGUAAAUAUUUCGUUGGUACGUUUAGGAACUUUAUAAAAAAUGAGACAAAAGAUGUAUCUACAGUUAGCAAUAUAGAUUUGACUCAUAAAUCCAUGGUAGUUAUAAAGGAUAAUAAUAAAGUGAGAAGAAGUAAGGUGAUAGACACGAAGCCCGCAAAAAAAAUGAAAAUAACAGGCAUAGAAGUCAGUAGCCCAAGUAGUAGUAAAAAAAAGUGAAAAAAUAAUAUAUUUUUUUUUAAUAAAAAAUCGAUCGGUUUACGGGUACCACAGACAAUGGCAGUAGGAUAAGUAUUGCCUUUUUUUAAAUUCAGUUGUCUGUAUAAAAAAUAAAAUGUAUACGAUUUAUGAAACAUUGUGAA